AUGUCCCCCCAACAUAAUAAUUUAUAUUCUUUUUUAAUUAAACUUGCAAAAAUUGUACUUUUCAUCAUUUGUACAAUAUGUUGGGUGUUUCAAAGUUUACCUUUAAUUAAAGUUUAUUUAGAUGGAAAACAUGUUGAACUGAAAAAGAUCCAUAUUGCCAGUGAAUUAACACUCCCUCAUCUACUUUUUUGCAAUCGUUUCCCAUUUACUCAAGCCGGGCUUUCCUCCCUUGGCCAACAAUUCAACCGUGACUCUGUUCUUUCAUACCUUCGACAAUGGCUCGAUCCUUCACUGGGAGCAAACCCUCCUGAAGAUUCUUUGGCUGUUCCCUUAUCUGAACUAGAUAGACAACAAGCAGAACAAACAAUUGCUCAAUUAUUACCAAACGGAAGAUUAAAGCAAAGAUUGGAACAAUUAAUGCCACAAUGUGGAGAAAUGGCUAGUCUUAUAUUUACAUGUGUCUCCAGUUGUGUAAUUGGUUCUAGACAAAUGGGUGGAUUUGAUUGUUGUAAGAUGGUACAACCAUGGCUGGCCACACCCAGAGGAGGUAUUUGUUGGCCUUUUGUAGGAAAUCUCUCUUCAGUGCAAAGCCCAAUGGAAUCACCUAGAGGGAUGCAAAUAACAUUUCAAAUUUCUCGUAAUUCAUUCCUUUCCUCUUCUCUAUCUGUCCAUCCUGGAAUUGAUAUAUUCCUUGUACCAGCAGAACUACAGAAUCGGUUAUUAGUAGCAAUAAUGCAUGGAGAGGCACAUCCGUUAAAUGAUAAAAAAUCGCUGAGGAUGGAUAUUAGAAGAGAGAAUCGUGUUUUCGAUCAUUACUCAACAAUAUCUUCAUGCCGUUCUACAGAUAAUUAUGCAAUUAAUUCAGAGAAACUUGUUCCGGAAGCUAGUGCUGGUUUUCUCUGUAUGUUAGAAACAGCUGUGGAAACGUGUUCAUGUGUUCCGAUGUUAUUAGUUCUUUGGACACUUCAAAAUGAUUUGAAUAGUUAUUUCCUUCGUCGUUUUAAUGCAUCCACGAUAUGUACAGUAGGCGAAUUUGAACGUUGUGUUCGUCCAUUUAUUGAAUUUGAUUAUUAUGGAAGUGAAUAUAAUCAACUACCAACUAAUGAUGCAUUCUCAACAAUUAAUAAAGCUAUUAAUAAAUGCAGAAAGUAA